AUGAACUUUGAACAAGAAGAAGUUGAGACCUUAAGCGCAUCAUUGGAGCGUUUUAAGGGAUUGGUCAAGAAUUGCCCAAACCAUGGACUACCUCUAACUAUUCAAAUGGAGACAUUUUAUGGAGGAUUGAAUAGAGCAUCACAGAUGGCAGCAAACGCAGCAGCGGCUGGUGGACUUAUGGACAAAUCUUACACUGAGGCUAAAGAGAUAUUAGACCGCAUUGCUAAACACAACAUGGAAUGGGUGGACGAUACGUAUGAUGGAAGAGCUGACAGGAAGAAGAGAUCUCAGAACGUUAAUUCUAUCGAUUCUAAUGCAAUAGCCACACUUUCUGCUCAAGUGGCUAUGAUGACCAGCCUUCUGCAGAACAUAACGCUAGGAAACGCAUCAAAUCAGCAGAAGGUGAAUCUGGUAGAAACGUUCGGGAAACCUAUGGUUCGCUGUAUGGGCUGUGGAGAUCCUCACUCCUAUGCGGAUUGCCCACAGAAUCCUUAUUUAGUAUGUUUCAUUAAAAACAACCCGUUUUCCAAUACAUAUAAUAAUCCUGGAUGUAUUAUCAGAAUCCUUAUACAUAUUUCUUGGAUAGGAGGAAAUCAUCAGGAGCACCACCCAAGGGCGAACCAACAGCAAAGGAAUGGACCGCCGCCCGCAUUUCAACAAAUGCAUCAGCCACAUCAACAACCCUUUAAUAGAGGAGGACAUGCAUCGAGCUCAGGAUCUCUGCUUGAGAAACUAUUGAAGGAAUACAUAGCCCAGAAUGACGUGUUGUUGAAAAGCCAAGCGUCGUCUAUUAGAAACUUGGAAAUCCAGGUAGGGCAGAUAGCGAGUGAGUUGAAAAACAGGCAGCCUGGAGUUCUACCUAGCAAUACUAAAACACCUAGGAAUAACAAUGGGAAGGAGCAAUGUCACGCGGUGACGUUGCGAAGUGGAAAAUCUCUUGAAGAAAGAAGAAUGAAUCCAAGAAAUAGCAGUCCUUCAAAAAAAUGCAUCACACAUUCAAUGGAUCAAGAAGAAAGAACGCUUGGGACUACAAGCCAUUCAGAACCCAGUACGUCUAAUGCGGGAAAGCCUGAGGUGCCGCUGAAUGCACCAUUCCUUAGCAUCUUGAUGAAGAAGAAUGAUGAACAACAAUUCAAGCGCUUUCUUGAGCUCCUAAGGCAGUUGCAUAUCAACAUUCCACUUAUAGAGGCCUUGUAG